ACAGAUAUUUUACAAUCAUUUAUUGACUUAUCAACAAAAGAUGGGUUGGUAGACUUACAAGAAGUAACUGACUAUAUAAUUGAUGUUAUAUUUGCUGCUGUACACUCAACUUCACAAACGAUUACAUUGACUCUUUACGAAUAUGCUGCUCGUCCUGAAUAUUGGAAAGAAUUACUUGAAGAAAAUGAAAUUAUAUCCAAUUCAAUUAAAGAUGGAUAUUUGGAUUCUCAAGAUGUUAACAAUAUGGUUAAGUUAGACAGCUUUAUUAAAGAAACCUUAUCAAAUUGGGUAGCAAUUGUCGGACUUCAACAUAAAACUCUUAAUGACCAUUUCACUUUUUCAAAUGGAUAUCAAGUUCCCAAAGGUAGAAACGUUUAUAUUAAUCUUGCAAAAGUUCAUAACAUUGAUCAAAUGACAAGUACAUUUGAUGGUUUUCGACAUGUUGAAAAAAAUUCCCCGGCCACUAAAUUAGAUAAUGGAUAUUUAGCAUUUGGUCAUGGAAGGCAUGCAUGUCCUGGCAGAUUUUUAGCAAUUCAUGAAAUUAAACUUAUCAUAUAUUUUCUGUUAAGAAAAUAUAAAAUUGAAACUAAGGAUAGAAAUAUUAUUAAACCUGUUUUAGCAGGAUCUUUUAUUAUGCCC